AUUUUAAUGGAGCGUCAAGGUCGCGUCGCCAACACUUAUCAGAGGGCUGCACGUCCAUCCACUUCUACAGUAACUGGACGAGGAUCUUCCCGUGAUAGUUCUAGUUAUAAUCUCGUGGUCCGCCGAAGAAAGGCUCUGUUAACUCGCCCGCCUUUGGAUCAUGGCCGUAGUCAUCAAAACAUCAAACCAACAUACCGCGAUGUUUGCGGCGUCCGAAGUUCCCAUCGCAAGCAGCCUGAAUAUUCUAGUGUUUGUCGCACUUCUGAUUCUGUCAGGUAAUUCUCGUGAUCUCUUUUGUGUUGUAUGAAGAUACCAUAUGGUCGGCCAUUUUGCGCUGACGGAGCAGGCGUCGACUUCUCUAAAUCAGACGACUUGACUCAGCGUCGAACCUACCAUGCGGGAUUGACCGUUAUGUUCCCGCCCGUGUUACGAGCGGCAAAAUAUGGUGGCUACUGCUGUUAGUGCAAGGUCGGGUUGCUUCGUACCUGUGACGAACCUAUUGCCUUUUUGUCAGCUACAGUUAGAUGAGUCAGAAACGCCACUUUGACUUAAAUUGUGUGAGCUAGGGCAUCGUUGACAUAACUUCGGACAUUGAACAGUGCCUUCAGUCAACGGCGGUCCCAAGUUCUAUGGGAUUCACCUGCCAUCCCUGCACUCACCCGUCACGUACAACCACAAGAACCGAAGUUUUGACCCCGUGCUGUUGGUCUUUAUAUUCGACAUUUAGGCACUGGUCAGACAUUCCUGAAAGUUGUGCAUACAAAGGAUACGAUUUUGCACACUGCAACUUUAAACUAACCUACUUGUAAGCAGACUCCUUGUAGGAGCCGUGAACGAAAACGUUACUUCUACUGCGGGAUGUGGUCUCACUACCCUAAGGUUCCUCUCGGCUUGGCCCUUAGUCGCCUCCGUACACCUCAUAGUAUCGAGCUGCUUUGUGUAACGUAUGUGGAUUUCUUCGCAACUUCCAAUUGCUCGGCUUACUCUGUGGAACAUGUAUGCAGAUUCGCAGUGCUUCAGUCUGUUCGCAGCAUUUUCCUUUGCUUACUCCGAGAAAGCGCGCUAGCAGAAACACCUUGGUUCCAUUUUUCGUUGCUAUCCCGUUGGUUGAGCCUACAGUACAUGUUCGCUGCUCGCGUCAUCUUUCCCGUUCAGUCGCAUUAGUUACUGCGACAGAUUAGUAUCAGACAUGUGCAUAAUCUCGCUUUCAUCAAAUACUUCAUUUCCUGUUCUGGAAGUGCCAUUUCUGCUGCAUGUUUUUGCUUCUGCUUGUCAUCGUCGAUUAAAAUCACUGGUAUCGCAAACGGCCCAUGUUGGUUUAACGGGUUGAAGUGUUCUCUGGGAGAAGUACGAUUUGAAAUUACUCAAGCGUGUGCCCCUAAUCGGUUUUGGGAUUCCAACACUGUGGCAUCCAUACCACCAGUCGUUUUCGUCUCGGAAAAUUACGAAAUUAUCCUUCAAGCAACACAGCUGUGCAACUUCGGAAACAGCUUAUUGUGAGAGUCACGUCGUACACCACCAUUUGUGCAUCGUCUGUGGUAAACCGUUAGUUCGUUAUCGCGCAUGAAUCGGUGAAUAUCUUUCCAUGGAGAGCUUUACAGCAGUCCUACUGAUGUAACCCCAUAUGAUAACCUGAACAAGCAGUUUUUCGACCUUAAAUGGUAACAUUGGUAUCGCACCUUUCAGUUGAUAACCAUCCUCUUCAUGGAGCUUCCCGUAAGUAUGGUGAGGAAUCUCGUUAUUCCGGCACAUCUGCGGCCUCUGAUCGCUCUAUUCACCAAAACCCACUCGGUCGGAUCGAUCCUGUUCUAGCCGCUGCCGCCGCCGCUGUUCUCAAUGCUGGUUUUGUCAACCCUCCUACAUCCACUGACAUUGUUAACCUAUGCUCCAGAACAAACUCAUCCUCUGCGGCGUCUGCUGUUGCUGCGGUGGCUGCAGCCGCCAUGAAUGCCGCUGCAAUGGCUGCCGCAUUGGGCGUUGGAAAUGGACUAAACCCGGGAAAUCGAAGCAUCACAGAAGCGAAUAAGAUUCUUAAUGCCGCAACUGUUGCCAGCGGCAUUCAGAGGUCCUCGCACGUACCAUGCAACCGAGGUGCCCACUCUCCAGUUUUGACGUCCAGGCGAUGUGAUGUGGACACUGACCGCGCUUUUCACGGUACUGUUGCUCACGAAAAGCGGAAUCGCGAUAUGGCUUCAAUUCACGGACGUUUUCCACAUCAUCUUGAUCACCGAGACCCGGAGGACGAUCCUACAGCUACUAGGACAUUAUUCGUCGGUAAUUUAAUGCCCGACAUUACAGAAGAUGACCUGCGCGUGCUGUUUGAGCGAUAUGGUUUCAUUGAAGACAUAGAUAUUAAGCGCCGUGAUCCGGACUCAGGCGUCAACGCUUACGCGUUCAUACGCUUCGUGAAUCUUGAUAUGGCCCAUCGUGCGAAAGUCGACAUGUCUGGCCGGCUGAUAGGUCAAUUCACUUGCAAAAUCGGAUACGGUAAAGUAGUGCCAACUCGUUGCCUAUGGAUCGGUGGCUUGGGACCGUGGAUAACCUACCCAGCUUUCGCUUCGCUAGUUGGAGAAUUCGGCCCCACGGAAAAAAUCAUAUGGCCUUCAGGGAAAAAUUACGCAAAUAUUUUGUUUCCCAGCGUCGAGAUCGCCGUGGCUGCCGCGGAUGCCUUGCGAGGAUAUCCACUUGGUGGUGACAAUAGAAGAAUCCGUGUCGAUUUCACCGACGAAGCUCAUAUGACUCGGGAUCCACUGAAACGACAGCAUCUCCCCGGGUCAACUUCAAGCAGUACCCAUUUUCCCGCGAAAGAACUAUUCCGUUCUCGGCAGAGUCGUGACAUUGUUGAGAAUCCUAGUGAUACUUCACAUCCCUUAUCGCAUUGUCGGUCACGAAAGCGUGUCUACGGAUCCGAUAGCGAAGAACAUCGUAACCGAACGUCGUCUUCAUUGCAAAAAAGGCCUCACAAUCAGCCGUGCGAUGAUUCGGCACCUAAGCGCAAGACUAGGCAGACAUUAGGGAACGAAGAGGUAGUAUCCUCGUCGAAAGUAUCCAAAUCGUCCAGAAUCCUCUCUUCUAAUUUUCCACACUCAGCAAAAACAAGUCUUACAACUGUGCAAAGCGCUACGAAUAUCGAACAGCUAGCUGCGUGUCUACCGACAGCCUGGAACUGUGCUUUCUUCUUAAAAUCUAGCAGUUUUCCGUGUAAGAUACAUAUACUACAAGGAGAUCGAAGUUUGGUCGAUCAGUUCGCAUCUUAUCGUUCCGAGAAACAUUCCACCCCAAAAAUGCCGAAUCUUGAUGAGCGGAAAGUGACUGAAACGGAUGGUUUUAUAAAUCUCCGCAUUACCCAAAGAAUGAGGCUUGAUCCUGUUAAAUUGGAAGAUGUUAGCCAACGAAUACAUAGCGCCGGAAAUUCCGGAUUUUGUGUUCUGCUUGCUGUGCCCUCUCCUAUCACCAGCCAUUCUCGUUCUUCGAUCUAUGCUGAUUCCAGUGAUAUAACGAAGCAGCCGCAACGUCCUCUUCGCAAUCUGAUUUCUUAUUUACGCACCAAGGAGUCGGCAGGCGUAGUACUGUUAACUCACUCACAAUCUGAUCUAGUCAGUUCUACCUCUGCGCCAGACGCACUGCAAACGGCUGGAGUACUUCAUGCUUUCCCUCCUUGUGAUUUUGCAUUCGAUUUGCUGAAAGAACGAGCUGUGAACCUGCGCAGAGAAUACAACAUGGACGAUCAUCUUGUGAUCUUGUUAAUCCGCAGCACUGGCACACUGUGAGGUGUUACGCCGGCGUCCCUCUGAGUAGACACCACCGUUUCCUUUCAUUUGACAUUUAGCACAUCGCUUCUGCGCUUUUCGAAUGCAUUUUACUGUUGUACUUCCUUGCCAUUUGAUGUAAGCAAUCAAAGAUGAAUUCAUUUGGUGAACUCUUCCG